AUGAAGACCCCAUACCGUGGUGCGCUUCUGUGCUUGCCAUUGACGAAUGCGUUGUUCUUAGACUCGUAUCUAAGUGGUGUGCGGAGGCUGUAUUCUCGACAGAUUUCAUUCCCUACAGCUCCAAACUUUACGUUUCCUAUUCCGACUGGGACACCCGCAAGCGACCCCAACCCGCAGCCAUCACCACCGCCUCAAGGACCUCCAACACCUCAAGCCACUUUGGAUCCUGAGGUUCCACCAGGAGGCAGCGGUGGUGUCUGUGGAGGGUCACCCAAUGGCUGCUGGGGCCGAUUUGACAUUACUACGGACGCGGAGACGGCAUUUCCAAACACGGGUAAAAUCGUAGAUUAUACAUUUGAGGUUAAGAACACUACAUGCGCCCCCGAUGGGGUUCCAAAACCUUGCCUUCUAAUAAACAACCAAUUGCCUGGACCAACAGUCUUUAUAAACUGGGGAGACACGGCAAGAAUAACCGUAAUCAACAGCUUGCAAGAUAAUGGGCAAGCUACUUAUUGCCAUCCAAAAUCACGUUCGAAGGUGCUGAUAUGUCAGCAGGACGGGGUCAACGGUGUCACCGAGUGCCCUCUCGCCCCCGGAAAGACGAGGGUAUACACCUGGCAAGCAACUCAACACGGAACCUACUGGUACCACAGCCACCAUUCAUCCCAAUACGGUGACGGCGUUUGGGGUGCAAUUAUUGUGAAUGGGCCACAUGCUGCUGGCUACGACGUGGAUUUGGGUCCUAUCACCAUUUCGGAAGUAUACCACAACGUUGGCAGCCAGGGACAGGACACCAUCACGAUGACACAGGGCGCCAAUGUCAGCAUACCAGACAAUAUUCUCUUCAAUGGGACCAACCUAAACUUUGCUGGCGGCGGACGGCAUUUUCAGGUUAAUGUGCAGAGGAAUCAGCGAUACUUGAUGCGUUUCAUCAACACAGGUGUGGACAACUUUUAUCAAGUUGGUAUCGCAGACAACCAUCAGCUACAAGUUGUUUCCAUUGACGGGCAAGCAAUCGUCCCAUACACGACAACCUGGGUGAAACUUGGCGUUGGUCAACGAGUAAAUGUAGUAGUGACGGCCAAUGCAGGCGGGCAACGAGGACGAGAUGGGUCAUACUGGAUACGCGCAGUUCCUCAACCCUGCGUGUUUAACAGAAAUGACGGCAAAGGCAAUCUCGCCAAUGGAAUCUUCUCGUACACGGGAGCCGAGGCAGAUAUUCCAGAUGGUUUGCCCCGGAGUCAAAUGUCCCCUAUUGUUGAGGGAUGCUACGAUGAGGCACUCGACCAGGUGCAGCCCAUCCCUCCUAAGUCGGUCGACACGACUGCCUUUAAACUAACACAGGUUCCCGUGUCGAGUCCAUUCCAAGUCACGAGCGUCACCGGAGGCCGGGUAUUCCGCUGGGUAAUUGGCAGCUCGACCAUGGUAGCCAAUUGGGAGCAACCGAUCAUCAGUCGGCUUUCUCAGAAGAACCCAAAUUUUCAAGCAUCAGAUAAUUUGAUCGAGGUCGAUGGAAGCUCCAAGUUUGCAUUCUGGUACGUUCAGAAUCAGUCUCCAAGCAACUCACCCUGUGAUUCCAGACUUCAUAUGCACGGCAACACUCUCCGCAUUCUGGCAUCUGGUAACGGAACAUGGAACCAGGAUAUCCGUUCGCUGAACUUCGCCAACCCCAUGCGGCGGGAUACAUUCAUGCUCCCGGCUGGAGGGUACGCCGUCAUGGCGUUUGAAACCUCUUCGCCCGGCGCUUGGAUCUUGCAUUGCCACAUAUCUUGGCACGCAAGCGAAGGACUUGUGACCAAUGCACUAGUGCGGCGGAAGGACAUUGUGGUAUCACCUGAACAGCUGCAGACGAUUCAAAGCCAGUGUAAAGAUUGGACGCAGUAUUUUGAGACUGAGCGGAAGUACAAUGUGAUUGGAAGCGGGCUCUAA